UUAUAUUAUUAUCAUCGAUAUUAUUAAUAUUAUUCUCAGAGAAUCUCUCAUGCCAUUCCUUCUUCAACAACAUCCAUCAACGAUUCCUUCUCCAAAUUCCCACCUUUCAAACUCAGAAUCAAUCUUCAACCUUUUUUUUCUCUGAAGGAUUCUGUUUUUUUUUCUCUCAAAAGAUGAAAAACUCCAGAAAAAAGAAGAAGCAAAAACCACCGAAGAAGGUUGAAGAGAACAAAGAACCCAAACUUGUUAUUGAAAAAGAAGAGAGAAAAAAACUAGUUCUACAAUCGUUGGUUGAAGCUUUCUCUUUAUCUUCCAUCGAAGAAGCGGUUGUUGCUUACGAUGUUGCAAACGGUGAUCCAACCAAGGCUUCUGAGAUCUUAAGGAGAGGUUUGGUGGACAGUAUUGAAGACCCUUUUUUUUCAUCUUCUUAUUCUUCUUCGUGUAGUGGUGGUAGUAAUGGUAAUGGGGGUUCUUCUGGGUUGGAUUUGGGUUCGACUUCGGGUUCUUCAGAUGGGUUUUUGGAGCAGAUUUGUAGGGAGGAUGUGGUUGGGUUUGAAGGGGUUAAGCCGAAGCAGAAGCAGAAGAAGAUUGUUGCUGCUACGGGGACUGUUUCAACGAUUUUGGGUAAUGAAUAUGUGAGGAGGAAUAGUGGUAGGAAGAAGAGGCUUGGGAUUGAGGUUGUUGAUAAGGAAGAGGCUGAGCAGUUCCUUUAUUCCAUGCUUGGGAAUGAUUGUGAUCUUAAUUUGGCUGUUGUUAGAGAUGUUCUUUGUCAAUGUGGAUAUGAUGUUGAAAAGGCCUCGGAUGUAUUGCUUGACCUAGCUGCUAAUGAGAGAUCCAGUAAUGAUAGAAAUUCUAAUUUCAAAGUAGGCAACAACAUGGAUGAUACAAGAUUCCUUGUUGAUUAUGAUCAUAAUGACAGCUUGAUAGACAGGAGAUCAGAAUGCACGUCUCUUUCAUCGGAAGGUGACUUUUCUGAUAAUAUAUGGGGUCCGACAUCUUAUGGCAGGAAUUAUGCGGAGGUCCUCACUAGUUCUAAAGCUAAUUCUCAUAUUAGCCCAGGAUGUACAAAGUUUGAACUUCCUCAAAAGGUGUUAGAGUCCUUGUUUAACAUCCCCAAAAGCUCCGAACACGACAAAGGUACCAUGAAUUGGAGAAACAUAGCAAAGAAAAUGCAGUCCAUGGGACCUGGUUUUGUUCCUUGUCCAAAUGUUGCAGAACCUCAGCAGCGUGCUCACACUAAAGGAGAGGAAUAUCAUGCAUUUAGGGAAGGUGCAAGACAGCAGUGGGAUUCUGUGAAAUGUUACUUUCAGAAAGCUGCAACAGCAUAUACUAAUGGAGAUCGAGGAUAUGCUGCAUAUCUUUCUGAUCAGGGUAAAGAACAAACUAAAGUAGCUCAGAAAGCCGACACUAAGGCAAGCCAUGACAUAUUUGUUGCUAGAAACAAGGGUAUAGAAAAUGUGAUAACUAUUGAUUUGCACGGGCAGCAUGUGAAACCAGCAAUGAGAAUGCUGAAACUCCACCUUCUGUUUGGAUCAUAUGUUCCUUCUGUUCAGAUGAUAAGGGUCAUCACAGGAUGUGGAUCACACGGUUUUGGAAAGUCCAAGCUGAAACAAUCGGUUACUAAACUUUUAGAUAAAGAGUCAAUUGAAUGGAGUGAAGAGAACCGAGGAACUGUGUUGAUCAAACUCAACGGAUGGAGAGAGUUCAGCUUUCUGGACGCAGACAGUGAUAGCGAUAGCGAUUGAUUAAGCUUAUUGCAUAUAAGCUAAUUGCAGGUUUAUUAUCUGUUUGUACCAGUUUUAGACUAGUAACUUGGGAUUGAUAACUAAAUUAGAGCUGUGACAUUGACAUGUACAUUAGGUGCCUAUUUAGGCCAAGCUCUUUGUUGAAGCAAACAUAGAUCUUGGCACAUUUAGGGUUGUAUCAUAUCAUGUAGAUCAUUUAACUCUAUUUUUUUUAUUUCAAUUAUUUGGCCAAAACUGCAUCCUAGAGUAGGCUAUAUUGACAUAAGAUACUAUCUGUGAUGUACAGAGAUGAAUAUGUAAUUUUUAAUUUUAAUUAUCAGUUUUUUCUUUC